GCUAUUUUUAACGACGACAUUUAAGUAAAAAAGCAUGGUGUGGAAGGUCGUAUCGCUUUGUAUUUUGAUCACAUAUCAAAAUAAAUUAUGCCAUGGUUACUUCGUUGGGGCUGGACUGAAUGUUCGCUUCGCACAAAUGCUCUACACUGACACGAAAUAUCAAGUACUGAGGGAAGAAAUGGUGAAAAUGAAUACGAGAAAUUUAGUGUAUCAUUGCAGAGCGGAUAAGAGUGACUGUGACGCCGCGUUGGCUAAAAUGCGAUACAAAGCCAGUAAGCAUUUCUACGCAUUAUCUAAGGCUGUGGUCGAUUACGUGAAGAAUAAACGUCAGGCACGACCUACUGGUUACGUCGGUACAGCCACAUUUUGUCAAGACAACAUCUGCGUGCCGGAUACCGACCCUCCCAUCGUCUAUGGAGGCUGCUUCACACUCAUCUCCUGUGGCGGCAACCAAACCUGGCAUCUCGAUCCUGUUGUUUACAAGAAGAAGAAGAGCAGAUAUUAUUAAGUUAUUUUAAA